GCACACUCCUCCCCUCCCCCUCCACUAUGGCCCUCUCCCUUGCCUGCUGGGGCCUGAUGGCGCUCUUCGCGCUCAUCGCGUCUGCCCAGGCCUCUUUCCUCCCGACCGACCCCUCUGGUCUUCGUCUCAUCCAGGUUGGCCCGAACCCCGAGACCGACCGCCGCCUGGUCUCCCCCCGGGAGAUCCUGCGCAUGGUCCACGAGCGCCACGAGAACCCCUCAGUCAUGAUGGGCCCCGGCUUUGUCGAUCUGACCGGCCUCGAGUACGACCCGGCCGAGCUCUCCCUGGAUGCCACGAACACCUACACCUACCCCAACAACGCCACUCAGCAGCACAUUGUCUGGCCGCUGAUCCAGGAGCUGGACAAGGACAAGAUGACCUCCUUCCUGGGCACCUUCUCCACUUUCCACAAUCGCUACUACAUGAGCCCCACCGGUGUGGAGUCGCACGAGUGGCUGCUGGACCAUGUCACCUCGAUCGCGCGCCAGGCCGGUCGCAACGACAUCUCCUGCCGCUUCCACCACCACGUCGACUUCCCCCAGCCGUCGGUCAUCUGCACCAUGCGCGGCAACUCCCCCAACUCGACCAUUCGCAACCAGAUUGUCGUUUGCAGUGCCCACUCGGACUCCAUCAACACCAAGCAGCCGCUGAAUGGCCGCGCCCCCGGUGUGGAUGAUGAUGGCUCCGGCGUGGCCGGCUGCGUGGAGAUCAUGCGCGUCCUGGCCAACAGCAACUACCGCCCCAGCCGCACCAUCGAGUUCCAUGCCUACGCCGCCGAGGAGGUGGGCCUCCGCGGCAGCGCCUCCGUCGCUCAGACCUACUUCGCCAAGGGCACCCCGGUCUACGCCGUGGCCCAGAACGAGAUGUCCGGCUAUGUCAAGCCCGGCAUCACCCCGCACAUCAACCUGGUCAAUGACAAUGUCCACCAGGGCCUUGUCAGCCUGAUGGAGGAGCUUGCCCUUGAGUAUGUGGACCUGCCCACUCGCCGCACCACCUGCGGCUAUGCCUGCUCGGACCACGCCUCCUGGACCCAGUACGGCAUCGGGGCCGUGGCCACCGCCGAGGCCGGCCCCAAGGACGACUGGGUCAACCCCAAGAUGCACACCGACGGGGAUGACAUGGACCUCUUCAACCCGGACUAUGCGCUGGAGUUCGCCAAGCUGAACAUGGCCUUCAUUGUGGAGUGCGCCGAGUUCCGCGGCUAACUACACACGCCUUCCGGCUGAGUCCCUCCCCCCCCCCCCCUCUUUCUCAGACUUCCAUUCCUCCCUCUGUGUGUGCGUGUGUGUCCUGUGCGCAUGGGAGAUGCACGCCCCCCCCCCCUGUACGGUGUCCAUCACCUGCCACCCCCCCCCCCCCAUCCGCGGUACCACCACGCGCACACACCUGUCCCCUGCUUCGUUUUUAUUUGCCCCUGCUGGCCAGGGGAGAGAGGAUACACGCACCGCGCGCUGGGUGUGAGAAACACGCAGAUCGCACCACUGGGCUGCUUUUGCUUUGUCGUCGUUGCUGCCUUCCCCUUCACUCGCGUGGACCUCAGGGCCAGCAGGGGGGCUGGGGAGUGGCGGAGGCGGAGGAGGAACCAUGCCUCUACAGCGCGGGGGAAUGACGUGACUGAAGACAAGCCUCUGGGAAGGGGGCGGGAGUGGUCUGUCGGGUGCCGGAGCGGGGGGCAAUAUUCGACCGCAGAGAACAGCGCGCCCCAAGC